AUGGCGCAGCCGCAGGCGCCGGCCAUCUACCGGCUUCCGCCCGAGCUUCUGCUGCAGAUAGCCGGUCACUUGCGUGCUGAAACCGCUUCUGAUCUGGUACAUCUUCGCAACCUGUGCUUGGUGUCUAAGAAGCUUUUACCUGUUGCCCAAGAGCAGCUUUACGCAAACGCUGAGCUUCCCAAUGCUUGCGGGUGCCACCCUACCGUCAAUUCUGCAGUUCAGCUUUUGCGCACGUUACUUGAACGUCCUGAGCUCGCACCGCACGUGAAGAGCCUCCGGUUCUCGGUGGUCCGGCGCAAUGUUGGUCGGCUCUACCAAGAUGAAUACCCCAAGAAAAAUCUCGACCUUCCCGCGCUCCGAGAUCUGUGCGCUGUACAACUUCACAAGCUAGGCUAUGGAGAAGGCCAUCCGUGGUCGGCUUCGCUUGGAAACAACGUUGAAUCAGCCUACGCAGGCCUCCUGCUCUGCGUUCUCCCUAACCUUACGAAACUACAAUAUACCGUCAAGGAGCUUCACCGUGGAUGCGGAGUUGCAGACCCCAAUCCGGCCUUCUUCGGAACAUGCUCCCUACCAGCUAUCCUCACUGCUACCUUGCAGACGACGCUUCAGGAGUUGUGUACGUCAGACCUGACAUUCUUACGCUCCGUUGCUUUCGACAGUCUGAAUGUCCUCAAUAUCACGUCCAUCACUGUUCAAACUCUUUUACAGUUGAACGGUCCCAAUACAUUUCGAGGGACUGCGCAGUUAUCGGAACUAUGCAUUGGGUUGUCGGUGUACCUAUUGGACAAGGACUGCAUCACCGAUGUGCAAGUCAGCUUCCGUGAUCUUAUCGACGCACUCGGGUGCCAUAAGCUUUCCACUCUCAAGGUCAAGCUCGAACAUGAGAAUUAUUGUAUUCUUCAUAACCCCACAUUUGACGUUCAGCUGCUUGUGGAUCAGCUGUCUAGUCUCCAUUCUACACUCAAAGUUCUAGAAAUUGACUUGGAUCCGCUAGAAGAGGCUGAUGAAUGGGACUUCAUAGUUAUGCGAUGCAAGAACAUGGGCUCGUCAAUGAACAGCUUCACAAACAUGGAAUGGCUCAAAAUUCCGCAAGCGUUCCUCUUCGCUAAUCUAGAAUCCGAGCACAAGGUUAUGCCACAAGAUCUUCCAAAGAAGCUUCAGCGCCUUGAGGUUGUCUCCCCGGAUCUAGCUAUCAUUCCCUGGGCUAAACACAUUCCCGACGUAUCAGAAGAGCUUGAGGACUUACGCGAGAUAUUCCUUCACUGUCGAGACGAAGUCAAUACCCCAGCGUCUAUCUUUUCGAAGAAGGUCAAGCCGGUGUGGUCAGAGUUGCUUUUCAGCUGCGGUGUCGCCUGUUACAUUGUCGAUUUGACGUCCAAGACAACCAAAAGUCUGCCCUCCCUUUAUGAAGACGAUCCGGGUGAGAGCGACGACGAGGACGACGAUUGGGACGACGGUAAUGACGAAGAAGGUGAAGAUGAGGAGAGUGUCAACAAGCGCGACACCGAAGAUUAUGAUGACGAAAGUGACGAAGAUAUGCCGGAUCUGGAACCUUUUGGAGCGGCCAAUGAGCUAGAUGACGAUACUAUCCCCAGUGUGACGAUAGACGACAUGGACUAA